GUCCCAACUUACAAUUAAUACAGCCAUUGUGUACAUGCACCGAUUCUACAUGGUCCAGUCUUUCACCAGGUUUCACAGAAAUGUCAUUUCUCCUGCAGCUCUCUUCCUCGCAGCUAAGGUGGAGGAGCAGCCCCGGAAGCUGGAGCAUGUUAUCAAAGUGGCCCAUGCAUGCCUCAACCCCCAGGACCCUUCACCAGAUGUACGCAGCGAAGCCUACCUGCAACAAGCCCAAGACCUGGUCAUUCUUGAGAGCAUAAUACUCCAGACCUUGGCUUUUGAAAUCACCAUUGACCAUCCACAUACUCAUGUUGUCAAGUGCACUCAGCUCGUCAGAGUUGUUCCAGCGAGUAAGGAUCUGGCCCAAACAUCUUACUUUAUGGCUACGAACAGUCUGCACUUAACCACGUUCUGCCUGCAGUACAGUCCGCCAGUUGUGGCCUGUGUGUGCAUCCACCUCGCUUGCAAAUGGUCCAACUGGGAGAUCCCUGUGUCCACAGAUGGCAAACACUGGUGGGAGUAUGUUGAUCCCACAGUCACCCUGGAACUGCUGGAUGAGCUCACACAUGAGUUCCUGCAAAUUCUGGAGAAAACACCCAGCAGGUUGAAACGGAUUCGAAACUGGAAGGCUGGAGGUCAGACCCCGAAAGCCAAGCCCAAAGUCCAGGAAGAGGGUGACCAGCGGGAUACCAUGAUGAGCAUGAUCUCUAUGGCUUCAUCUGAGAGUACUGUUGCGGGUUUGAUGAGCCUCUCCGCUCCGCCAUCUGCUUCGUCUUCUUCAUCCGCGGGUGAAAAGGAGAGGGGCGCGUCUGGCAGUGCGGCGACUUGGAGUGGAAAAGGUCAGGCUGCGGCUGAACAGCUGCAGCUGAUUAACAACGACGUCCAUGUCCCGGCAAGGGUGUCGCUGAGUGAGUACCGGGCCAAGAAUGCUGACGUCCUGGCCGCCCAGAAGAGGAAGCUGGAGAACAUGGAGGCGAGUGUGAAGAGGGACUACGCUAAUGCUGCCCAGGCUCUCAUUGGUCAGCAGCAGAGGAAAGAGAAGCAUCAUCAUCACCAGCAGCAGACCAGCUCAUCCUCUUCUGACAUGUCCAGUCCUUCGCCCAUUAUUCUAAAAAUCCCCCUGGAGAAGGAAAGACAUGAAAGGGGCUCUCUGAAAAUGCGGAUCCCUGUAGCAGGGGGAGGAGGCAGCGGCCCCCGGGAUCAGGAUAUUAAAGUCAGAAUUCGAGUGCCUGAGAAACAAAAGGGGAGUUCGGGGGAGGAGGGAAAGAGCAGGGAAAAGCAUAGGGACCGGUCUAACCAUCACCAUCAUCACCACCACCAUCAUUCCUCUUCUGGCAAUGCCUCACUUUCCUCUUCACAUAAACAUUCAUCUAGCUCUGGCGGAGCAGUAGGUAACAGCAAAAAAGUCCCCAGCGACUCCUCUAGAACAAGCUCUUCCUCCUCCUCCACGUCACGCAAGAGGACACACUCCCAGGAAGGCGCAGCAGUCGCUCACCCCACCACAAAAGUCAGCAAGGCCUCUAGGAAUUCCUACCAGCUACCGUCCCUGUCUUCCUCCUCUGGGCAAACUCUUGGGCACGGCCCUGACAUUCUCCCUGCCCUGGGCCUGCCCCUCCUUCCAGGGAGCUACCCGCACACCAAAGGUGACAAGACGGACACUAACGGGCACGGCACAGCAGGCGGGGCCCAGUCGAACGAGUACCAGGACACUUUUGAAAUGCUAAACUCUCUUCUGAGCGCACAAGGGGUCCAGCCCUCCCAGCCGUCCAUGUUUGACUACAGAUCCCAAUUUGGGGAGUAUCGGUACAGCGGUGCCCCCCGGGGGAACAACUCCAGACCACCUCCACUGCCUUCAGACCCACCCCCACCACUGCCCCCACUGCCCAAAUGAACUCCUGAUCAAGAGAUGUUAUGGACAUUAUGCUCGGCAUCACAAACAUCCAUCUUGUUACAUCAAGUAUUGCAUUUUUUUUUUUUUUUGGGACUCAACCAUGUUUUUCUUAUUGGGCUUCAGUGUGACAGCAGAGAAAUGUUAUUGUGAGACAAAUAAGUUUUUUUUACAGUUCACUUCUGGGGCAAUAAUAAGGCUUGAAAAGCAAAAUGUGAUCAAAUGAGAGGAAGGUGUAGAUAUUUUUUUUGUCUUUUAUUAACUCAAAGGAAAUGCAAUGAUGGGACCUGAUUACUGUAGUAGAGGAAGUCAUCGUCUUGAAAUCAUAAGGAAACUGAAAGAUUUCCAUCACAUCUUCUUACCGAUUGUCUUUUUUAUAAUGUUUUUAUAGUGUGUUAUUUAUUAAUUGAAUACUUAAAAAAAACAUGUUCCCCUUUUAUACCUUUUUUUUUUUUAAGGCUUUCCCUCAAUGUUAUUUUUGGCAGAGGGAUAAUUCCUUAUCAAGACUGUACAGGCUAGUUUGAGAGUGCAUGUCUCCAAAGCCAUCUUUUAAAUAUUUUUGUCUUUUUUAAAUAUUUUUCUUUUUUUUUAACAGCCAUAACCUAAAAAAAUGGUAUUUUACCCCUGGUGUUUAUUUUCUUUUCUUCAUUAUUUCGUCAACUUGUACAAAGAUUGUAAAAAUGUUUUAAACAAACAUGAAUUAUUUUUUACAUUUUGUUAUAAAAAUUGCAAAAAAAAGAGAUGUAAAUUAAGGAAGCUUGUACUUUGGUUUUUAGAUUUCCAGUGUUGCAGUCAUUGUUUUAAAUGGUUGUAAAAUAUUCACAUUCAGCUCUUUACUGAUUACACUAAUGGACAAACGUUCAUACCAAGAAUAUACAUUUAUGGUUUAUCAAAGCGUUCAGAGUUCAGACAUAUCUACCCAGUAUGGUCACAAUAAAGACGCUACCAGCAACCAACUUUGUGGUGACCAUAUUGUUCAGUGUACAACAAAGUAUUUACAAUACAGAUUAUAAAAGACUAAUCAUGGGUCUGUCUUUAUGGGUGUCCUUCGUGUAUGCAUUUCCUUUUUGGGAUGUAUUUGCAUUUGUAAACCACAGUGUAUGCAGUGUCAAUUCAUUCUGGUCUAAAUUAGUCAUGUUAAAGUUGUCUUUUGACUCCA